UUCACAAAUCACGCAAAUCGCACGCAAAUAAAAAAAAUCGACCGGAUGAUUUUUUUUCGUUUUCCUUAAAAAUUCCGGCAAGUUUUACUAAUGUGGAUUUAAAUAUUGUAAUAACAUGAACGUGAUUCCGGAACACAUCAAUUUCGACGAAGUCUGUCGGAGUUGCAUGGCCAAGAAGGACGGCAUGCGUCCCUUGUUCGGUUCCAGUUUGGACUCAAUGCUGAUGACCGUGGCGAAUGUUAAGGUCGCCCGGGACGAUGGAUAUCCCGCGCAGAUGUGCGUCCAGUGUGUUCUGCAGGUCAGCCGAGCGUUCACCUUCAAACAACAGUGCGAGAAAACGGACAUAACUUUGAAGGAAUAUCUUAGCCGGGUUUUGUUGCUACAACAAGCGAGUGGCGAUAAUAACGGUCCGGAGAAUGUAGUACAAAUUAUUUCCAUCCCUUCGGAGUACCAGUCGACAUCAAUUGGGAAUGAGUUUGACGGCGGGCUUCAGGAGGAGUGCGUUUUGGUUCUUAGCACCGAAAGAGAUCCGAAUGAGCUGGAUGAUGUUACUUCCAUAUUCCGUGAAGUAGAAGUUUCCGAAUGUGGUGGAGAACAAGACUGCAAUCAAGUUAAGAACACGCUACAGUACACUCCACUAGCACUGGACGAAAAUAUUGUGGAUGAUGAUCACUUUGGUAGUGAUGUCAAUGCAGAUGAGCCAUACGUGCAAGAAGCAGAAGAGAUGACAGUUGUGAUCAAUGCUAAACCAAAUUUGUGUAGGUCUGAAGUGUUCAAAUGUGAGGACUGCAACAGAGAAUUUAAGUCCAAUUUGGAAAUGAAGGAACACAAAUUUACUUGCAUGGUUAUGACGAGCAGCAAUGUACAUGACUCAACAAACCUAGCUAGGAAAACCAGAAGUUCCAACGAUUCGGAAAAUUCCCCGUCAUACAACAGCGCCGUUAUAUUGCGAUUCGAAUGCGAAGUUUGCAACAAAAGAUUUUCAAAUACCAGCAAAUUGAAGCGUCAUUCCAGGACACACCUGGUGGACAAACCUCACGUAUGCAACAUUUGCGGAAUGUCGUUUGCUGAAAGUUCCAACCUGACGAAACAUCACCGGAAGCACACUGGUGAGCUGCGAAACGUGGUCGGUAAGCCGAAUCUUUGUUCGGUUUGCGGCAAACGGUUCAAAUGGGCCACCUCACUCUCGAAACACAUGAAACAUCACACCAAACUAAAGCUAUUCACGUGUCCGUACCCGAACUGCGCGAAGUACUACGUCGAACAGCGCUCGUUGGACAUCCACAUCUACUCGCACGAUGGUAAGAAACCGUUCACGUGUGGCUAUUGCACCAAAGGAUUCACCCAGAAGUGCAAUCUGGAAAAGCACGAACGGGUUCAUACCGGUGAAAAGCCAUUCAAAUGUAACUUUUGUCACAAAAGUUUUGCCCAGAGCGGGUAUUUAGUUAUCCAUCAGCGAAUCCACAGUCAGGAGAAGCCGUAUAACUGCGAUGAGUGUGGAAAACAAUUUGCCGCCUCCAAUGCGCUAACUGUUCACCUCCGCUCGCACAGCGGCGAACGUCCCUACGCUUGCGAUCUAUGCGAUAAACGAUUCUCGCGGCAGGAAACACUAACCAUUCAUAAAACAAGGAAACACUCGAACGAUGCAUCCCACCUGUGUACGAUUUGUUCGGAAAGAUUUCCCACUACAGAACAGCUAACGGAACACCUAAAAAGUCAACAUGGGGAUCGCUGUUAUCACAUGUGCCCAUCCUGCGGGAAGGUGUUCGCCUCCAUGCAGAGUCUUAAGAACCAUCAAAAAGUUCAUCUUAAGGAAGGUACCAUAUCUGAGGAUCAACCGCAACCGAUGAUACAAUUCGUGGUCGAACAGGAAAUUGUCACCCAAACCGUAGAUUUGGCCGCGUUGGAAAAGUCGGGGGAUUCUUUACCAGUAGCGGGAACCUUAGAGUUAGGCUGAAGAUAUAAACCAGGUUAAAAAAAAUAUUUCUUGAAGGCUAGGAAGUGUUAUUAAUGUGAAUAUAUUACAUACUGCUGGCAGUAUCAAUCGAAAGAGUAAUCCCAAACCAGAGGGGCUUGAAAAGAUUUAGUGUUUCAAAACUAUAUGAACUAAACAAAACUAUUUGAAAACAAAAUCGUUUACUCUAAAAAAUAUUGUAUAUCACAAUUUGAUCUGGCUCUCUUGAUAUUCCUAGACAGGAACAAAAUCCUUCCGGACAGCGCGAUCGACAAGACAACACCCCCUAAACAAAUCAAAUCCCAAUAAUGACCAAAUUAUAAGCAAUAGCCUGCCGAAUAAUCGACAAAAGGCAAUAACCUAUGUUAAUCCAUAACAGGUCAUACCGCCUAGGAAAAAGUCUCUGAAUGAAGUCAAGCAAGAACUUCUGAACCUGAUCAAACAUUACCCAAAUCUUUCAUGCUUGAUGAGAGAUCUAAACACCCACUAGGACAACUUCAAGAAGAAUAGGCCUUUUCAUGUGACAGAUCCGUGCAUGCAUUUGUUUACAAAGCUUGAACAACAGCUGCUAACAAGAACGUGUCAUCUUCAUAGAAGAACUGUCAAACGCCCGAACAAUCAGCUGAUUUAAGACGUCAAAUAAAAAGGCCCAUAGUAUUUCUCACCAGCAUGUACCAGGAACAUCACCCAGCCGAUCGUUGACCUGGAGCUCAGCUCGGACAACAACUAUCCGGUGGUGGCCGAAGUUGACUCCUCGAUCAAUCGGCAAACGAUCUCCAGGCGGAACUACCAUCAGGUCGACUGGUAACUCUUCCAGCGGAGCGUCGACCAAUACAUCAACUACGAGGUCAUCUCUGAGACAGUCGAAGACAUCGACCGCCAGCUGAGUGGCAUCGAGGCGGCCAUCUCCUUGGCUUGCGAGCAGCAUUUCCCGAAGUCCCGCUCGGUGAGUAACACUCUAACAAUUGAUAGACUAAUCAAAGACCUCAAUCGUUUGCACCACACUAAUCGCAGGCAGUUCCAACGCACUGGUCCGCCUCGUCCGCCUGCUUUGAAAAGCGAUGUAAAUCGCAUGAACAAAAUUAUUAAGUUCAUAAAAAAUUAAAAACUGAUUCACGACCCAUUUCACCGUUGCGUCCUCUGGCGAAUACUACCCCUGUGGAUCGUUUGAUAACCCCUCCUGAGAAGGCUGCUGAGGAAGUCCUGCACUUCAUCAGCUCACACAAUCUCGGGCAAAACAUUGUCAGUUCGUAUGAAGUUGUUGUCAAUGAACAUGCCUCAAAUCUUCAUCUGGUCCACAACGACUUCUCGGAGGAGUUGGAGAUCACAGCUGAUGAACUGAUGGCCUACAAUUAAAGCAUCCUAGAAUAGACUUGUCCCACAGACAAACAGACGUAACACUCUUCAAAACGGCUUGGCACAUACAUUUAACGAUCAAUUCAAAUUUCAUUUGAUUUGCGCGAUCAUUCCACCAGAAGCGGUAGUGUUCGAUCGCUUUGACGUUCGCCAGUGUACAAGUUGCUGAAUGAUGCAAACGAAAAUAACAGGCGAUUUGUGUAACAGUGUGCGUGUUAGCAAACGUCAAAACGAAAUCCAUCAUGGCCGACAGUGUCUCACGCGGUUAUACCAACAGGUGGCAGUGUGCUCAUGAAAGACACCGGGCAAAAGUUUUUGAUGAAUUUCCUUUAAGAGUUACGUCUGUUUGUCUGUGCUUAUUCUGUCUGAGGAUUGCAAAAUCACCCUCAAUGGCUCAACGGUGAAAUGUGGUGAAAUGGCCGAACGUGGCUGAUUAUCUUGGCCUCACCUUACACUGAAAUAAAUUUUGUUGUGGAAACUACCGAUUCCAUAGUAAAAUUACUAACCGUACCUAUGAUUCUCAACCGACAACAAUUUCCAGUUAAUUCCACUAAAACACUGUCAACUUAACUAGCAGUGCAGUUAACAUUACCAAAAAUAGUCUUAAUUCAACAAAUGAGCAUUGUAUUUUUAACCAUACUGUGUUGUAAAAUGCGUGUCCUGGAAAAAUUAACAAUGUUUUGUUGUUGAGACGACUAUGCUUUUAGUUGAAUUUACUACAAUGCAUUGUAAUUUUAAGCAUAUUUCAGUUACCUUAACAGAUUUUGAUGUCGGUUGAGAAUCAUAGGUACGGUUAGUAAUUUUACUAUGGAAUCGGUAGUUUCGACAACAAAAUUUAUUUCAGUGUAGGCUUAGACAGUAAGUUGCUGUUCAGGCAACAGGUCGACAACACGGUCAUCAAAUGUAACACCACAGAGAAACAGACGUAACACUUAGAACAAAUUUCAUUUAAAAACAUCGUCACGAAAGCGCAACCACCCAAUGCUAAACGCACUGUGGUUGGCCGGGCCAUCACUAGGUGGCGAUAGUGAGGAAACGUCAAACAGGACUAAAAACGUUACCAGCGCUGCGAUUAGUCAAUAGGACAGAUCGGUGAAGUACUAGAUUUGCAGUAAUGAGCUGAAUUUUAAUAUGGUGAGAAGGUCAAUUCUCCGUUUCUGCAAUGAAAUUGUACAAAAAGCGUGGGUAUUAUGAUUCAUUGCCUAAUUUGAUGCUGUUUGAACAUAACUUUGGGCAACAGUGUUGUUGUUUUCUCCAUUUCUUGCAACAUAAACAACAUAGUUAUCCAAAGUUUUGCUCAAACAGCAUCAAAUUGGGCAAGGAAUUGAACCUCACCAUACUAAAAUUCAGCUCAUUACUACAAAUCUAGUACUACACCGAACGUGCCCCAUUGACCAACUACCGAAAAUUUGAAUCGACCGUUAAAAAGGUGAUCGAUGGGAAGCGGCCGGAGUGUGAGGUCUGUUACUCUGUGGUAACACCUUACUAAAGUCACUUUAUCUUCUCAUCAACCGAAAGUCGACCUUGUCCCAGAAGAACAAGCUUGCUGUCUACAAACAGAUCAUCUUGCCUGUCAUCGAAUGUGGCGUCCCAGUCUGGGAGAGCUACGCCAAAACACACCAGUUGAAACUCCAACGAGUUCAAAAUAAGUUUCUACAGAUGAUUUUCAACACUCCCCCAAAAAUGAGAAAAUCCGAGGUCCACCUUCAUGCCGAAAUAAAAAAAAAACUCGAUGAGCGCUUGGGUGAGUCUAUCGAUCGGUAUAGGGCCAUAACCACAACUCAGAGUCAACAAGUCAUCCAGGACCUUGUUCAAGGAUUUAUUUCUCGAUAAUCGCUUCACGUAAUGGUUCGCUGUUUGCUCUGCUCUUCCUCUUAAAUACAACAACAGUGUAUAGAUCACGCCAGGGCUAGGAUACUACACAUUCUUAAUCACUUCUACGUACCAUAGCCAAUAAAGUUACUGAUACCACAGUUGUGGUAUCAGUAUGGAUCAGUGGGUCAGUAUUUAUCAGUGGAAAUCUGUGCACUCAGAGGAAAACAUACAGAAGAGGAAUAAUUCUAACCACCGGAAUAAUUUUAACCGUAAUAGAGGACCCCUAAGAGGUAGCAAACCUCCUGGCGAACUACUUCUACGAACAUUCAGUAACCUUAGCAGCAACCAAAGGCAACAGGCGUCGAGACCAUAGUACCAGCCAUAGAAAGUGGAAAUCCCGGAGGGAAAACAAGCAGAAGACACAUUCUUGAACGACUAACAAAAUGGAAUAUGGAGAGGGAAACAUGAUUAGGUGCAUAUUAUAAUUAAUAUCAUAAGAAACGUCUAACGUGGUUAAUGACGACCUCUCGGUAUGUACGCAGCAAAAGUAAUUCAAACAGGCUGUGGCGCGCAAAUCCCAAAACAAAGCCAUAAAACUAAACAAAAUGUGUUCCUUUCCUCAAUAGUUCUACUAAAUCGCCAGAAACGAGUUUUGUACGUAGUUUCUCUGAAAUUAAGUACUGUAGUACGCCCAUUGUUGUUUCAAUGCAUUUAUUCGUUAGGUCACCCUCAAUGAUGUCAGUGCAAUAUCGCCCCCACUUCAGCCACAUUCAUUGUAAAUAAUCUGUUUUAGAAAUUCAAAUUUUCACUUUUAGUCACUAUCAGUUUUGUUUCUUAUGAAUAAACUCAUUUGUUCGAAAUCACCCUCCCCAUUACAAAAAAAAAUCAAGGAAACAAGAAAUCUUUCGCGAGUGAGAAUUACGUCAUACGUUUUAUUUGAAGAGGAAAAAAAUGAUUGUUUUUCUUUGUGAAACAGUUAAGAAAUGCACCUCUCUAAAGAAAAAAAUAGUACGACCGACACCCAUCGCAUCCGAUAAAUUAUUUGCAUGCAGAAUGCCGUGCUAGAUGGUCGUGUCCGUUUCUUAAGAUAGAAACCUAAAGUCUGCCCGCUGCAACACUUUUCCCCUUA